AUGGCGACGGAGGGCGGCGUCGGGAAGGAGACAGGAGAAGGGCUCAGGAUGGAAGUUUUACUCAGACAAAAUAGGAAUGAAAGAUUAAUAUUUUCUGGAUGCUGCAAGCCUCCUUCUGAAUGCAACUUUGAUUACCAAAGUGCAACUGUGUGGAAUCCUCCUUCAACUGGCAACACUUCAACCAACCCCGACUGCGGAGCCUGGAGCAACAAUCAGUCCGAUCUCUGCUACGACUGCCAAUCUUGCAAAGCCGGUGUCAUUGCCAACAUCAAGGACAAGUGGAAGAAGAUUGCCAUCCUCAACAUCAUCAUCCUUAUAUUCCUCAUCGUCGUCUACUCUAUUGGUUGCUGCGCAUUCCGGAACAACAGGCAGGACAACGGUGCAUUUGGGUGGAAAGGAGGAUAUGCAUAA